AUUGAGUUAAAACGAAGUGUUUACAUUCCAGUCAACAUGGUUGUCUAAUUUGUUCAUCUUCAUUUCGAUGAAGAUAAUCGUCUGACACGCUCCUUUCGACAAUUCGUUUUUAAAUUUAGCUGAUUUAUUAAAUAAACUCACCUGAAAGCUGUUUCAAGUUCGCAUUGUAUAAGUAAAACAUAAACCUGCAACUGACGAAAACUGAGAAACUGGAUCUCAAGAGUCUGCAGUCUGCUUACCUUUCUAAGCCAGGCUUACAAAAUUAACAUGUAAUUCAAGAACCAACCAAAGAGCCGCGUAUCUGACUUACAAGAGGAUGUCAUAAGCAGAGAUCAAAGCAAACACGAUUUACUUGCGGGUUACUGUGUGGAGCGUAUUUGGACUAGAUUGGCGAAGACAACUCCUAUAGCCUGUAGUAGUGUAUAGCGAGUGAUCAGGUGGAAAAUGCAUCUUCCGGCUCUUGAUGACUUCUAUCAGCGUCUUCUGUUUCUGCUGCCGUUCGCCGCAAAUUUCAGAUCGACUGAUUUCGACUACAAAUCCCCGGAGAGGUGGCCGGAAAAAUACCCAAAUUGUGGUGGAUCAGAACAGUCGCCCAUUGCGAUUAGCAGACGCAAGGCGAUACCCCUUAACUUGCCGCCUCUGAUUUUCGCACUUUAUGAUGAGUUCUUCGAUGAGCUGGUGACAAUUAGGAAUAGUGGACACACAGUGGAAUUUAAGGUUCCGACGACGAUCUAUGGCGUGAAGCCCUACGUAACAGGAGGUCUCUUGCGGGACUGCUACGAUGCCGAGGCCGUGCAUUUCCAUUGGGGAUCCCCCGAGAGCAAGGGCUCGGAGCACCUGCUCAAUGGACGCCGCUUUGAUCUGGAAAUGCACAUAGUCCAUCGGAACACAAAGUAUUUAAACUUGGAGGAGGCUGUUAAGUACAGCGAUGGCGUUACAGUACUGGCGGUGCUCUUUAAGGUUGUUCGAUCGGGGCCAUUCUUUUAUCAGCCCGGACUCAGUGAAAUCUUUAGUUCCCUCCUCCAUUUGGGCAACUUUAAUGCCAGCUACACUGUGCAGGAACGGCUCACCCUGGGAUCCUUGCUGGGAUCUCUUGACAGGGGAAACUUUUACACGUACAAGGGCUCCCUAACGACGCCACCAUGCUCACCGGUGGUUCAGUGGCACGUGUUCGGUGAGGUCCUUCCCAUUUCGCACCAGGAUCUGCCCAAAUUCUGGAACCUCCGAGAUGAGCGCGGUCGGCCGUUGCUAAAGAAUUUCCGGCCACUACAAUCGCAGGAGAAUCGACUGAUAUUUCACCGUCAACAUAUAGUGCCGCUGCAGCAGGAGCAUCUCCAAGAACUGAUAUGGCUAUAGCCAUUAGAUUAAAUCUAACACCCUCUAUGUAAAUGAAUUCGAACACCCUUUAUUUAGAUUGAAUCUAACACCAUUUAUUUUUUAAAAAAGUAAAGUAUUCUAUAUCAUGCUUCUG